GGAAGCGACCCAGGGGAGGCAGCAGGCGCGGGGCGGGAAGUCGCUGCCCGGGCGGAGGAAGCGGCCGGGGCCGGAGCCGAGCCCGGCGAUGGCUGCAGCGGGGCCGGCGCAGCUCCAGGUGGCGUUUGAGGACGUCGCUCUGUAUUUCACCCGGGAGGAGUGGGAGCUCCUAUCCCAGCCAGAGAAGCAGCUGUACCGGGACCAGAUGCUGAGGAAUUACCAGGCCUUUGUUUCCUUGGGCUAUUCAGGUUCCACACCAGACUUAAUCCACCGGAUCGAGCUAGGGGAGGCAGAGCUCUGGAUCUGGGAUGCUGAGGCCUCCAGGGUAAACUCUGGGCCUGAGAGCCCCCCCUCAGCAGGGCACGGGAACCCAGGAGGAACAAGGGCACGGGCUGAAUGUGGGGAGAGUGUGGCAGGAAAGAUGUUUCCCACAUCCCACAGAGGGAUCCAUGCACAGGACUCAGUCCAUCCCCGGGGUAAACUCAGCCAGAGACCGGAUCUGGCUACACACCAGAGACUCCCCAUGGGCCGGCGUCCCCACCGCUGCAUCGACUGCGGCAAGGGGUUCAGCAACCCCUCCGCGCUGACCCAGCACCAACACAUGCAUAUUGGGGAGAGGCCGUACCGCUGUGCUGCCUGUGGCAGGAGCUUCAGACAGUCCUCAGUCCUGAGAAUACACCAGCUUACGCACACCAGGGAGCGGCCACACCACUGCUCUGAUUGUGGCAAAAGCUUUGCACAGAGCUCAAGCCUCAGUAGACACCAGCUCUCACACACUGGGGAGCGGCCGCACUGCUGUGCUGACUGUGGCAAGGGCUUUACACAGCUCGCACAACUGAGAGUCCAUCAGCGCACGCACACCGGGGAGAGGCCACACCGCUGUGCUGACUGUGGCAAGGGUUUUGCACAGCUCGCACACCUGAAAAGACACCAGCGCACACACACCGGGGAGCAGCCGCAUCGCUGUGCUGACUGUGGCAAGGGCUUUGCACAGCUCGCACAACUGAGAGUCCAUCAGCGCACGCACACUGGGGAGAAGCCACACCGCUGUGCUGACUGUGGCAAGGGUUUUGCACAGCUCGCACACCUGAAAAGACACCAGCGCACACACACCGGGGAGCAGCCGCAUCGCUGUGCUGACUGUGGCAAGGGCUUUGCACAGCUCGCACACCUGAGAGUCCAUCAGCGCACACACACCGGGGAGAGGCCACACCGCUGUGCUGACUGUGGCAAGAGCUUUGGACAGAGCUCAGUCCUGAAAACACACCAGCGCACGCACACCGGGGAGCGGCCGCACCACUGUGCUGACUGUGGCAAGAGCUUUGCACAGAGGUCACACCUGAGUGAACACCAGCGCACGCACACCGGGGAGCGGCCGCAUCACUGUGCUGACUGUGGCAAGAGCUUUGCACGCAGCUCAAUCCUGAGAAGACACCAGCUCACACACACUGGGGAGCGGCCGUACCGCUGUGCUGACUGCGGCAAGUGCUUUAUACAGAGCUCGAUCCUGAGAGUCCAUCAGCGCACGCACACCGGGGAGCGGCCGCACCGCUGUGCUGACUGCGGCAAGUGCUUUAUACAGAUUUCACACCUGAGAGUCCAUCAGCGUACGCACACCGUGGAGGGGCCGCACCGCUGUGCUGACUGUGGCAAGCGCUUUACCAGGUUGGCCAACCUCAUCCAGCACCAAAUCACGCACACCAGUGCCCCUCUGCCAACGCCAGGGCCUAAGGGUCUUCUGGAAGCCAGUGGGCCUGACACAGCACCAGCACAUGUGGACCAGGGAGUGGUCCUGUUCCCAUGAUGCCCGACAGAGAGACUGUGUGGGGCAGGGAAGGGGAGUUGGCUGAGUAAUGUGGGGAAGAGCAAACAGCUCUGGGGAAUGGGGAAUUUAGAGCAGAUGGUCACAGCCUACUCCAUUUGGGAGCACCCCCACCCCUUGUAGGUGGGAUCCAGCCAGGCCUUUCUGUCCCACACUCACGCAUCUGGCUGGGAUGCAGCCAGGACACCCCCAUCCCCCUCUAGGUGGGACCCAACCGGGAACUUCCCCACACACCUACCUCAGUUCCAGCCAGCGGGUGACUCCUUGGUAACAUCUAGAGGUGGGAUUUGCAGUCCUGUCUCAGCAUGGAUUGGGCUGAGGGCAGGACAGCCUGGUGCAUGUGAUUGAAAGACGAUGCAGGAACCGCUCAUUCCAUAUUUUUAAAUACAAAUGUGAUGAAGAAGAACUAUGUACUUAAUGUGUUAUAAAGGUCUGUCUAACCAGGGUGGAUUUGAUUUAAAUCAAUUUGAUUUAAAUCAUGAUUAAAUCACUAGUCGGGAAGAAGUGAUUUAUGUAGAAAUCCAUGAUUAAAAGUGCAUUCUUGUUGGUUGUUAUAACCUUAAUGCAUAGUCUUCACAACUAAGAGAUAGAUGUAGGUUUCAUUUUUAGAAGGUUACACACUACACAUUUUUAAGUAAUUUAUUUUGAAAACUUUUCAGAUUAGUUUUACAGCUAUAUCAGAAAAUGAAUGAUUGGUUAUUU